UGACUCCGAGGAGAGCAUCUUCGUUUUUUUACAUCUAACUUUCGUAUUUGUUGUAUGCUCACGAAAGACUUCAUCUUAUCAUAAAACAUACAAAUAAACAAGUGUUGUUGCUAAGAUGGCAAUGGUAAAGAGUGGUUGGCUCCAUCGACAAAGUACCAUACUGCGUCGGUGGAAGAGAAACUGGUUUGACCUUUGGGCUGACGGACGACUCGUGUUCUACAAUGAUCAACAGCGGCGUGACAUGGAGGAUGACAUUCACAUGAGGGUCGACUGCAUCAACAUCCGCAACUCUGCUGCUUGUCAAGAUCUGAACCCACCGGAGGGGAAAACGCGCGAUGCCUUGCUCCAGAUAGUGUGUAGAGAUGGACGGGUCAUCAGCCUGUGUGCGGACAGUGCAGAUGAUGCUCUGGCAUGGACCAUGGCACUCCAGGAUGCCAGAGUUAAUGCAGUGGUCCCUACACCUCAAAUCGGCUUUGCACAGGAAGUGAUGGCAUCUGCUCCCCCCUACACUGAAUAUGCUACCCCACCUCAGCAGGUUUAACCCGGCCCGUAUGGAGACUAUGUUGCACCUCCGCCACACGCUACACAGAUUGUAUACUCUGCUGACGGGCAGCCCUACGCUGUAGCUUAUCCCUAUCAGUACCAAGGUGGCUACCCCGCUCCCGGAGUGAACCACGUUGUGAUUCGGGAACGCCAGCGUGAAGACGGAGGAGACGUGGCUUUGGGCAUGCUCGCUGGAGCAGCAACUGGUUUGGCACUGGGCUCCCUCUUCUCUGUCUUCUAGUGUCCACAUUAACAUACUCCUAAUAGCACAGCGUCCCCUCACAUUAGCAGCGUUUUGGCUUCUUCUCUGUGCCGUCACAGGAGUCGGAGUAAAAUGUGUCUGUUGGGCUACUUUCAUCUAUGAAGCAUGAUUGUGAUGGGCAGUGAUUUCCUCCCUACAUGUUCUCUCUCUCUCUCUCUCUCUCU